AUGAGGUUGAAUUACUUGAACAAUAAAAUUCGGUACAUUUCUUACCUCUCUGCAUUACUUAACUUUAAAAACAGAAAGAUUAAACAAUCACUGAAAGCGGUAUUCCACAAUUAUUGUGUAACAUGUCAGAAGCCCAUAUGUUUUAUGUUAAUAUGGCCCUUAAAAAAUAAAAAGUUAGCAAUUGAAAAACGAGAGGAACCCAAACAUCUUGCAGUUUUAGGUUUUGCAGACAGUCUAUUUGAGAAUGGCAAAUAUGAGGAAUGUUAUAACAUUUUAAUGAAAUCUGAGGAGAAAAAUAAUAUAGAAAUAAAAUGGAGAGUUUGCCGUGUUUUGUACAAUAUGGCAAAGCAGCCAAAACAUGAUCAAGCUCACAAAAAUGAGCUCAUAUCAAAAGCAUACAGUAUUAUAGCGGAAGAAAUAGAAAUGCAUUGGGACCACUUUGCAGUUCAGAAAUGGUAUGCUCUCAUUUUGGAUCUGAAAAGUUCAAAUGAUGGAGUAAAAAAAAGGAUAGAGGAGCUGAAAAAUGUUAAAAAACAUAUGGAGCUGGCCAUCGCAUUGAAUCCAAACGAUGCUACAUUGCUCCACAUGUUGGGUGAGUGGUGCUAUCAGGUUUCUGAAGUCCCUUGGCAUCAGCGUAAAACAGUAGAAGCGUUGUACACAACUCUACCUCACUCAACGUAUGAGGAUGCCCUUGAGUAUUUUCUAAAAGCUGAAUCAGCGCAACCUCGGUUCUACAGCGUCAACCUCCUCCGGUUAGGUUGUUGUUACUUAAAAUUAAACAAGGAAGACCAAGCAAAGUAUUAUUUAAAACUGGCCGCCAGUUAUCCGGCCAAGUCAAAUGAUGAUCAUCUCGCUAACAAAGCAGCGAUAGAACUUUUACGCAAGUUGAAAGUUAAGACUGACUUCUCAGCAUCUCCUUAA